GGGGCAGAGGCAAGCGAAGAGGAUCCGGAUGAGGAGAACUCGAGUGCUGAUGAAAAGGGUUCGGGCGAAUCCGAAGCCAGUGGAAACGAAGACGAUGGCGACGACGGCAGUGACGGCAGUGAGGAGGCCUCCGCGGAGGAGGAGGAGGAGGAUGAGGACGAGGGUCAAGACGACUCUGCUGCAGGUUCAGAAGAGGAGCCCCAGGAUUCCUCUGAGGAGUUGAGCUCAGAAGGGGAAUGCGAAGAAGACUCAGGUGAUGCUGGCAGCAGUGACGAAGAGCCGGCCCCGCCGGUGAAGCCCGUGAAGGCAUCUAAGAAGCCGAAGAAGGAUGAUGAGGGGAAGAAGGAAAGCAAAAAGGACAAAGGGAAGGAGAAGCGAGGCCGGGAGGAGGAAAAGGUUCCCAGGGAGAAAAAGCAGAAGCGAAGCAGCCCGAAGAGAGAAGAUUCAAAGGGUUCCGAUGCCCGGUCAAAGGCAUUGAAGAAGCAGAAGCUAAGCAGCCCGGAGAGAGAAGUUUCAAAGGGUUCCGGUGGUAAAAGGAACAAAGCGACAAAGGACAAGAACGACAAGGCCGGGUCUGUGAAGGCUUUGCACAAGGCUGAGAGCAAGCUAAAGAAGAUCAACUCGAAUACCCAUCAUACCGAAUGGCUGCGCUUUAAGAGAUGGACAAAUAACCGCAAAAGAUUCCCUGGAUGCCUCGCAGAGCGAAUCACGGACGAAGAGGGCCGCAAGGCACUCUUUGUGGACUACGUCGAGUCCAAGGGGAAUGAAGCUGAGAUCCUGCUGAGGCAUCAAGAGCAGCUCAGAGAUAUUUCGCGGAGCCAGAUCCGCUACGGUUUUCGUGGGGAGAAAUGGGUCCGCGACACGCAUGGAGAUGUCAAGGGCGAGAAGAUCAUGAAGCGCAAACUUGAGCAGGGGCUGAAACCUGACUAUAUGAUGGAGCGAGAGUGGACGAUUGCCGAUCCGGAGUCACCGGACGACUAUCUGUACUAUGUAUUCAUCGAAAUUAACAUCGAUGACAUUCGCGAGCUUCAAAAGAUUACCAAGUUGGAACUAGCGGGGGCCAUAGACGAGAAUAUUUUGCGGUCUUUCACUCAGGCCGGAGGUGUGCUGGACCCCAAGAAGCAGCUCGCUCUGGGCACUGGGAUAUCGAAAGACACCAUGACGAAAGCUUUGCAGAUGACGGGCGGCGGAACCAGCAGUGCACCGAAAACCAAGCCAGGGAAGAAGAACCCCAGUGACUCAAGCAAAGCCAACAAGGUGGUGCCGGAUACCCCGCUGGAGAAGGCCAAGAUCUUGCUGACCACUGUGCUCAAGGACAAGAACUGCUGCAGGGACUAUGCCUUCAAGUUGAAGCCGCUGAAAUUGUCACAAACGUUGAUCGACCAGCUCUUGGCACUGGAGAAGUGCUUUUCUGAGAAGGCUGGGCAGCUACAGAACCUGGUGUCGGCCAAGAAGGACAAGAACAAGCACUACAAGCACGUCACGGAGGAGGAGCAGGCAAAAGAGCGCAUCGAGCUGGCAAAGGCCCUUAUCCGUGCAAGCGAGAAGGGAGGCAAAAACCCCGACAAGACCAAAGCGGUUGAUGGGGAUGAUGCGACCAAGAAGACAAAGAGCAAGAAAGGGCGAGAUCUCGCUCUCGGUCGCGGGGGCUAUGUUCAGAGGAAGCACGGCUACGUCAGGCUACGGUGGCUUUUUCGAGCCAUUCAGCUCAACGAAUUCUACGUGAAAUUUGCAGUGGACUGGCGGCUUCUGCCGGAGUUCGACAAGCAAAAGACCUUCUUCAAGACGGAUGCACAUGCCCUCUGGCUACUGCUCUGGCUGGCUUUUCCGAAGGACACGAAGAGCGAAGCUUCCAAAGGUUGGGUGGGACUCCCUUUGCGUGUUUCUGAGAAAGAUGGGACCGCGUUGGACGAGGUUCGUGACACUGCUAUAACCUGGCCGUGGGAUGUGCUGAACUGGCUACAUCGUAAUGACAAGCUUUUUCAUUGGGCAUGUAACGAUCCCAACCCUGAGAAGGUCCAGGAAAUGAACAAUGAGUAUUGGACUCGGCUGGGUCAUGAAGAAUCCGUAAAGCUUCUAGACCUGAAGGACCCUGCGAGGACAUUUCCAAUUUUUUGGCACGCCGAUGGUGUGCGAGUCUACAAACAUCAGAAGUGCUGGGUAUAUUCGUAUUCCUGUGCAUUGAAGAAAGGCCCUUCCUUGUCCUCCAAGCUCCUGCUUUUGCUUGUGCGAGAAACACUUGUCGUGAAACCGUCGACGCACGACCGGAUCGGGGAGGUGGUGGGUUGGAUACAACGUGUUCUUCAGACUGGGAAAUAUCCGGACAAAGACAUCAAUGGCCAAUCCUGGCCAGUCGGUUCUCGAGAAGAACGGCUUGCCAACCUUGAGUUUGCUGGGGGUUACAAGUGUGCCUUCAGCGCGUUCAAAGGAGAUUGGGAAGCACGCGUGUUGAUACACAAAUUGCAGCGGAGCUACAACCACAUUAACAUUUGUGAGCAUUGUCCUGCGUGCAAGUCAAACAACGCCUUCAACUAUCGCAAUUUCUCGCCCGACGCAGCUUACUUGGAUGUGAGUUUCACGCAUGCGCAGUACCUUGUCAUGACCCCGCCGGAGUUCCAUUCGAGCUGGUUGAACGUUCCCGGUUGGACGAAGGACAGAAACCUGGAGGAUCUUCUACAUGUUUUGCAUCAGGGUGUGGCCUGCUUCGUGGUACCAGGGCUGGUGUGUGCACAUGUCGAAGCAAAGCUCGGGGACGGCAUUAGGCUACAAGACUUGGGCUUCGAGCUGGAGAACCGUGUCUGGAAACACUACAAAGCUUGGUGCCGCAGGACCAAGGUGGCUGGUUGUGGUCACCGUUUCAACUUGACGCGGUUUGGGCGCGAACAAUGGGGAUACUAUCCGGAGUUGCAUUCAUGCUACAAAGCUUAUACCGUGAAGAUGCUGAUAUACUGGGUGUAUGCUUUUCUUUGCGAUGAAGACCGAAAUGUACCCAACAGCGGCAACCGACUGAGGUUGUCCUAUGCACUGGCAAAGACGCAAUGGCUCUUCGAUCGAAGUGGUCCGUUUUUGACCAGGCAGGUGAAGGAUGAGGCUGUGUACUUGGGACUGUCUUUUCUUUUGCUGUACCAAUUUUUGGCCGUGGAAAAUAUUCCGCAACAUAAAAGAAACUGGAAGAUCGUGCCAAAGUUUCACAGCUUCCUUCACCUGCUGCAGUACGU